AUGAGUGUGGUUCAAUUUAUUAAUGAAAUCAAUCAAACUUAUAAUAUAUCAAAUAAUCAACAAAAAAUUGAUCAAUUAACUAAAUUAUUAUCUAUAAAUCCUCAACAAAACAAAUAUAUUCUUAUAAUUUAUAAUUGUAAAUCUAUACCAUCAACCAUUACUACAUUAUAUGAUGAUGAUUGGCCAAUUUUCAAUUCAAUUUUAAUUAAUUUUAUUAAAUUAUGUCAUUUAAUGGAUCCUUGGUCAUUAUUAAAAUCAUUUGAUUUAUAUAUCAAUUAUUUAAAUGAUUUAUCAAUAGGUUUCAAUAAUAAUUCUUAUGGUUGGUUAUUAUCAAAUAUUAUUACCAAUACUAUAAAUUUAAUGAUUCCUUGGGCGAAAAAAUUAGAUUUAAUAAUGUAUUUUAAAGAAAAAGGUGGUAAAUUUCGUUUAAAUUAUAUGGCAGGAAUUAUUUUAAAAAUAUUUAAUAAUAAUAUUAUUAGAAUUAAUGAUUCAAAUGAUUAUAAAAAAUCCAUUUUAUUAAUUUUAGGAAAUAAUUUAUGUUAUAUUUAUUUCAAAUUAGAUAAACCAUUAUUAUGUCAAAAUAUUUUUAAUAAUAUGAGGAAUAUAAUCAAUUUAAAUUUUAAUCAAUUUAAUCUUAAUCAACAAUUGAAAUAUCGAUAUUAUUUAUCUCGAUAUUAUUUAAUAAAAUAUCAAUUAAUUGAAAGUUUUAAUCAUUUACAAUGGUGUUUAAUUAAUACAACAAAUUUUAAAAAUCAAAAAUUAAUCCUUGAAUUAUUAUUACCUAUAAGUUUAAUCGUUGGUAAAAUACCAAAUUUUAAUUAUUUAUCAGAAAAUGGAUUUGAUGAUGAUAGUAAUAAUAGUAAUAAUAAUAAUAAUAAUAAUAAUAAUAAUAAUUUCCCCUUUAUUAAAAUGUAUCAAUGUUUAUCUAAAACUAUUAUAACAGGAAAUUAUCUUGAAUUUAAACAAUUAAUUAAUUGUAAUUCAAAAAAUUAUCAUUAUUUAAAAGAUAAAAAUUUAUUAUUAUUAUUAAUGAAUAAAAUGGAAAUACUUUUAUUAAGAAAUUUAAUUAAAAAAAUUUGGAUAAUUCUUAAUAAACCUACUACAAUGAAUUAUUUAAUUAUACCAAUUGAAGGUCAUUAUAAUGAUGAAUUAUAUUUAGAAAAUGUUUUCGUUACAUUAAUUGAUUCUAAUUUAAUUAAAGGGAAAUUAACUAGUAGUAAAACUGUGGUAUUAAGUAAAACUGAUCCAUUCCCUAAUGUUUUCAAUAUUUAUAAAUUGAAAUAUGGUAAUAAUAAUAAUAGUAAUUCAAAUCAAUGGAUUUAA